AGAUUAAAUUUUUUUAGAUCUGAGCCAUCGGAAGGAUGACGUUGCCAUCAAGUGACCGUGAAAGGCUGAAGGUGGAGCAGUUUGGGAAAAAGAGAAGAACAGAACUCAGCCUGGAGAGAGUGAGUCUGAGAUAUCGACUAGGUAUCUGAGGGGAGAUGUCCAGUAGGCAGGUCAGUGUGAGGCUGGAGCUUUGGGACAAGCAGGUAGGCACUGGAAAUAUGGAUCUGGGGAUAGUCAGACACUGGAUGGUGUUUAAGGCAAGAGACUGGGUGAGAUUACAGGAGGAGUGAGUAUAGGGAGAAGAGGACCGAGCCUGGGAAGGAGGAGUGUGCCCCCUGGAAGAGCUCUGAGCUGCACCAGGUCUGUCAGCAGCUCAGCGGAAGUUUGCUCAUUCACUCAGAGACUUCAAGUUUGAGUUUAUCGGUGAUGCUGAGACAGAUGAUGAACGCUGCAUAGAUGCUUCCUUACGUGAAUUUUCAAAUUUUUUGAAGAAUCUGGAAGAACAGAGAGAAAUUAUGGCAUUAAGUGUCACUGAAACCCUGAUUAAACCCUUGGAAAAAUUCAGAAAAGAGCAACUCGGAGCUGUAAAGGAAGAAAAAAAGAAGUUUGACAAAGAAACAGAAAAGAAUUAUAGUCUAAUUGAUAAGCAUCUGAAUUUAUCAGCGAAAAAGAAAGACUCACAUUUACAAGAGGCAGACGUCCAAGUGGAGCAAAACCGGCAACACUUUUAUGAACUGUCUCUUGAAUAUGUGUGUAAGCUCCAGGAGAUUCAAGAAAGGAAGAAGUUUGAGUUUGUGGAACCUAUGCUGUCAUUUUUUCAGGGGAUGUUUACUUUCUAUCAUCAGGGCCACGAACUUGCCAAAGACUUCAAUCACUACAAAAUGGAACUACAGAUCAACAUUCAGAACACACGGAAUCGAUUUGAAGGAACAAGGUCGGAAGUGGAAGAGCUUAUGAACAAAAUCAGACAGAAUCCCAAGGACCACAAGCGAGCAAGUCAGUUCACGGCCGAAGGCUACCUGUAUGUGCAGGAAAAAAGGCCUGCUCCGUUUGGUUCCAGUUGGGUCAAACACUACUGCAUGUAUCGGAAAGCAGCCAAGAAGUUCAACAUGAUCCCAUUUGAGCACAGAUCUGGGGGGAAACUUGGGGAUGGAGAGGUGUUCUUUUUGAGAGAAUGUACCAAAAGGCAUACAGAUUCCAUUGACAGAAGGUUUUGUUUUGAUAUAGAAGCUACUGACCGACCUGGCGUUUCCUUAACCCUGCAGGCGUUUUCUGAAGAGGAAAGGAAGCAGUGGUUGGAAGCUUUGGGUGGAAAAGAAGCGCUCUUCCAUAGUUUUAAUAGAGCCAUCGUCCCAAGACCAGAAGGAAGUGCACAGUUGGAUAAGAUGGGAUUCACAAUUCUCAGAAAAUGCAUCAGUGCAGUUGAAACACGAGGUAUAAAUGACCAAGGAUUAUACAGAGUUGUGGGGGUGAGUUCAAAGGUCCAGAGACUUCUGAGUAUGUUGAUGGAUGCAAAAACGUGUAAUGAAGUGGACCUGGAGAAUUCUGUAGAUUGGGAAGUGAAGACAAUAACAAGCGCCCUGAAACAGUAUUUGAGGAGUCUUCCAGAACCCCUUAUGACCUAUGAGUUACAUGGAGAUUUCAUUGUUCCAGCCAAAAGCGGCAGCCCAGAAUCUCGUGUUAAUGCUAUCCAUUUCUUGGUACACAAACUGCCAGAGAAAAAUAAAGAAAUGUUGGAUAUUUUGGUGAAACACCUGACAAAUGUUUCAAAUCACUCCAAGCAGAACCUGAUGACCGUGACAAAUUUGGGAGUGGUGUUUGGACCAACCCUGAUGAGGCCACAGGAAGAGACUGUCGCUGCCAUCAUGGACCUGAAGUUCCAGAAUAUUGUCGUGGAAAUCUUAAUUGAAAACCAUGAAAAGAUUUUUCGGACCCUGCCCGAUACCACAUUCCCUGAGCCCGCCUGCCUGUCAGCAUCACCCCCAAAUGCUCCACCCAGGCAAUCUAAGAGACAGGGCCAGAGGACGAAGAGACCCGUGGCUGUCUACAAUCUUUGUCUUGAGCUGGAAGAUGGUGACAGUCCUCACCCUCCUAAGGAAGACACCCCAACCAGCAGUCUGGACUCACUUUCCUCCCCAUCUCCCACAACUACAGCUGUCCACAGGCCUCCCGGACCAGACAGAAACCACCUUCUGACAGAUGGAGGGGGCUUUGAGGACUGGGUAUCCUCUACUCCAAGCCAGAACCGCCCAUCUACAGUCCAGUGGCUUAACCCACAGUCUCCAACCACGCCAAGCUCCAACCCAGCCGUGACACCUCCUUCACCCAGGUCACCUCCUUUCCUCGCCUCUCCUCCAGCCACCAUAGCGGACAAGCCACUCGAAAGCGUCGUUAACCGGAAGGCCCGAGCAGUGUAUCCGUGUGAAGCAGAACACAGCUCGGAACUGUCCUUUGAAAUAGGAGCCAUUUUUGAGGAUGUGCAAACCUCGAGGGAACCCGGCUGGCUGGAAGGGACUCUGAAUGGCAAGAGGGGGCUGAUUCCACAGAAUUAUGUGAAGCUGCUAUAGCUCCCAGCUCCUGAGAACCCCCCCGUUGACCUGGCACCCGAGGACCUGCCUGGACCUCCUUGCGCCUCCUGGGCUCAGAGCUGCACCCACAACCCACCUCUACACCUGGGAAUUACGAAUCACAAUCAACCCUGGGGGUGGGGAAGGGUGGGGCGGACACACCCCACGAACUGUGCAGAUUUGUGGGUCAGGAGGAGAAAGUCAGGAUUCGCAGAUUGAACUUUGCAUUUGUCAAGCGUGGGGACUUGCGAUGCUUAACUCUCCAGCCUAUAGAGUGGGAGGGAGGACAUCCUUCUGCUGCCUACCAACCCCUCCGGUGGUCACACCACCAGACGCCCCCUCCCCCACGUCCCCUCUCCUCACCGAGCGCCUGCUGCUGAGAUGUUAAAGGGAACCAUAUUCCAUGCAGUGUUAUGUUUGCAGGGUGCGCGCUUGGCUCUGGUGACACCUGGCGUGGCUCCUGGUACCAGGGGAAACAGUCUCGAGCCAGAGGGAGACAGAGAGAUGCUCUUUUCAAGCCAGACAGCCACUCCGGGGACCGCAUGCUCACUGCCCCCAGCCAGAGCACACAGCGGCUGUGUCCUUGGUGCUCCUCACCUGUGUGAUGUUUUCUAAACACCACCUUUAUGCCUCAAAGUCUUGUACAUGAAAUAAAAUGUCAUUUACUAUUUGA